AUGUAUAAGCUGAACUUUGACGCGGCGGUUUUCACAGAUUCAUCAACUUUAGGCGUGGGCGUGAUGAUCAGAAAUGCUGGCAGUCAGGUGAUGGCAGCAUUGUCGUCAAAGGGCAACGCAGUCAUGGACAGUGAAGAGGCUGGGGUCUUGGCUUGCCGUCGAGCUUUGGAGUUUGCGAUUGAAGUUGGGUUCUCGGACUUAAUCGUGGAAGGAGACAAUUCAAAUGUCAUAAGGUCCAUUGUGUCAACUCAAGCUGAUUGGUCUCGGCUGGGGAACCUUUAUGAGGAUAUUCGCUGCUUGGCCGGAAGGUUGCGAUUGGUGGAAUUCAGGGCCAUUAGACGUGCUGCUAAUAGAGUAGCCCAUUCUUUAGCUCGGUUUGCUAGAAAUCUUAGGGAGGAAGUUGUUUGGCUGGAGGAGGAUCCUCCUCCGAUGCUUGAAGCUUUGUAUGUGGACUCGUGUUCCUUGUCUAUUUGA